UUCGGGAGGGAUAGCAGCGCCGCCGUGCCGAGCGUCUUCUUCGUCCCCGGCGCCCGCUCCCGGUCCUCGUGAUCGAGCACCGACGACGCCGGAGGACUUGGCGGGAAGGGGCGCGCCGCCGUGCGCUCGGCGCCGCAUGUCUGCUUGUUGAUCUUGGGAGGUCGGAUCGGAUCGGAGCGCGGCGGCCGCGAGGUGCUGAUGCGGACGGCCAUGGGGGAGCCGGGGCCGGGCCGGAGGAGGCUGUACCAGGUGUGGAAAGGAAGCAAUAAAUUCCUCUGCGGCGGGCGGCUCAUCUUCGGCCCCGACGCGGGCUCCCUGCUCCUAUCCACCGUCCUCAUCGCGAACCCUCUCGCCGGGCUGUGCUUCCAGUGCAUCACUAAGCUCAACUCCGGCACCUCCGACAAGCAGGCUCUCGGCGUGCCUGCCCUCGUCGCCACCAUCCUUCUCGGCCUAGCGGACCUGGCGUUCCUGCUCCUGACGUCGAGCCGGGACCCCGGGAUCGUGCCGAGGAACGCGCGCCCGCCGGAGCGCGGCCGCGGCGACGACGAUCCCGCCGCCGCCACCGUCGAGGACGACGACGUCGCCAUGCCGUCCGCCGAGUGGAUGCUGAUCGCGGCGGCGAGCCUGCACCUCCGGCUGCCGCGCACCCGGGACGUGCCCGUCGCCGGCGGGCACGUCGUCCGGGUCAAGUACUGCGACACGUGCCUGCUGUACCGGCCGCCGCGCGCGUCGCACUGCUCCGUCUGCAACAAUUGCGUCCACAAGUUCGACCACCACUGCCCCUGGGUCGGCCAGUGCAUCGGCCUGCGCAACUACCGGUUCUUCUUCCUCUUCAUCGCGACGUCCUCGUUCCUGUGCCUCUACGUCUUCGCGCUGUCCUGGCUGAACAUCGCCGCGCAGAGGGGGAGCCACGGCGGGUCGCUGCUCCGGUCCAUGGCCGGCGAGCCGCUGUCCCUCGUGCUCAUCGUCUACACCUUCGUCUCCGCGUGGUUCGUCGGCGGCCUCACCGUGUUCCACAUCUACCUCAUGAGCACCAACCAGACCACGUACGAGAACUUCAGGUACCGGUACGACAAGAAGGAGAACCCGUACGACCGGGGCGUGCUGGCCAACAUCUCCGAGGUGUUCUGCACCGGGAUGCCGCCGUCGAUGAACAGGUUCCGGGCAUGGGUGGAGCCGCCGGAGCCGCUCAUCGACGGCGGGCCGCUCGCCUCGAGGAACAAGAUCGACCUCGUCGGCCCGGACGAGAAGCUGCUGGUCGACCUGGAAACGGGGCACCGCCACCCCGGCGGCGGCGUUCCGGCGAUCCUGCAGGGGCUGCACUACGCGGAGAUGGAGAAGAACGGAGCCAGCGUGCACAUCAAGGACCGGCAGUCCGCGGAGGCGCCGGACCCGUUCAUGAUCCCGGAGGCGCCGCAGCACGACGACGGCGAAGUUGAGUGAGGCAGUGAUCGGCGAUGACCAGCAGGUGGCAAGAUUCAUUGCAAUUUUUGGAAUGGUGAUCUUAGGUGUAUCUGCAACGGCGACCUUCUUGGGAUGCUGAGUUUACUUGUCAGGUUUGCAACGACCUGCCGUUGCUUCCAUGGAAUUGCACAAAGAGAGGCGCGUCC